AUUUUUAAAACAAUGUGGCGUAGCGGCUGAGAUGCGGGUUCCUAAUAUAGGCCUACUGCAUGUAUGUCACUACAGAAACCACAUGGUGGCAGGCUGGUCAACAAUUCCUCUCAUCCGGCAGAAGCUGGGUUUAGAAUCAACCACACCACUCUCCAAUUUAGUUCCUUUGCAAACUGACCGCGGCCCACUUAUCUAUUCUGCUGCACACCGCCUCGCGCACCAUGGCAUCUCACUUACCCGCACCUACUGCACUCAAUGGUCAUUGCCUGGCUUGUUUCAUCUGUGACAAGAUACCGAUGGAAUAUGAGAGUCCAUAACAACCCUGCUGAUUGUAACCAAAAACCAAGGCGCCGAGCCCACAGGGCCAAAGCGUCUGGUGUGGAGGACUCUGCUCUGGCGACCUCCAUGCAGAUGAACAGUGAUGGCCACAGACUCCCACCCACCUGAACGGUCAGUCAAUGAAGUGGUCAACGCGGAGCAUGUGCUGAACUCACUGGAGAGGGUCAUCCUCACAGUCUUUCUUGCCAUCAUCAUCAUCAUGACUGUUCUAGGAAAUCUGCUGGUGAUGGUGGCGCUCUGCAAGGACAGAAAUCUUCGAAAAAAGAAGACCAACUACUUCAUAGUGUCACUGGCGUUCGCUGACCUCAUGGUUGCCGUGGUUGUCAUGCCAUUUGCUGCCAUUGAGCUGACCACAGGUCAGUGGUGGUAUGGGGAGAUCUUCUGUCUGGUUCGGACCUCGCUGGAUGUUCUCCUGACCACUGCAUCUAUCUUACACUUAUGCUGCAUAGCACUGGACAGGUACUAUGCAAUCUGCUGCCAGCCACUGGUCUAUAGGAAUAAGAUGACUCCCAUCCGAGUCGCCCUAAUGCUUGGAGGAUGCUGGGUCAUCCCCUCCUUCAUCUCAUUCCUUCCCAUCAUGCAAAGCUGGCAUGCCAUCGGCAUAGAGGACAUUAUCGAGGCAAGGAAGGUCAGCGGAGGCAGCAACGAGACCAGCUGCGUGUUCGUAGUGAACCGUCCCUACGCCCUCAUCUGCUCCGCCGUGGCCUUCUACGUCCCCCUGGCUCUCAUGGUCCUGGCCUACCAGCGCAUCUACGUCACCGCCAUGAGCCACGCUCGGCAGAUCGGCAAGCUGCAGCGGGCGGGCUCGGCGCCCUACUCGGCGCCCCCCCACCACUACCUCAGCUCCGAGCACCAGGGCUCCAGCCGCAUGCGCAUCGAGACCAAGGCGGCCAAGACGCUGGCCGUCAUCAUGGGCUGCUUCUGUCUCUGCUGGGCCCCAUUCUUCAUCACCAACGUGGUGGAUCCCUUCAUCCGCUACAGCGUGCCGUGGCAGAUGUGGACCGCAUGGCUGUGGCUCGGCUAUAUCAACUCUGGCCUCAACCCCUUUCUCUACGCCUUCCUGAACCGGGCCUUCAGGCGGGCCUUCCUGAUGAUACUGUGUUGCGGUGACGACAGAUACAUGCAUCAGGGGAGUUACGGACCGAGCAGACCCUACUCCGGUUCUGUCAACGGGACCUCCAUGGCACUCAGGAAUGUGUGUUAUGAGGUCCCUUUGUCGACCCUGCAGGAAGUGAUGAAACAUAACUGCAGUGGACAAGUCCAGUGUCACAGGAUGUCACUCUCCUUCCUUCCCAAUCGAAGCUACAGUGACAACAGCAGGAGGAUUUUAUCCAAUGAGCUUGAAUCUCAGGACUCCAUGGCUGGACUAUAGCCCAGAGACUCCAUGGCUAGACUAUAGCCCAGAGACUCCAGCCCAGAGACUCCAUGGCUAGACAAUAGCCCACAGACUCCAUGGCUGGACUAUAACCCAGAGACUCCAGCCCAGAGACUCCAUGGCUGGACUAUAGCCCAGAGACUCCAUGGCUGGACUAUAGCCCAGAGACUCCAUGGCUGGACAAUAGCCUAGAGAGAUGACGUUAACCUGCUUAUGUUUCACAAGUGAAAUAUUGUCACCACAAUAAGAUUCUGAACUGAUGGACUUGAGAGGACUGCAGUCAGAUUAUUGAAUUACCAGAUCCUGGUUUAUGGAAUUUACUGCAAAAAAAAUAAAUAAAAGUUACAGGAAGAGGUCAAAAGCCAGUUCAGAGUGCCUGUGGAUAGACUUCAGCAUGUUGCCAAGAGGUGCUUGUUGGUGAUUAACCCUGUAAGUCCCAAGGAUGCGCCGGCGUAUCCUGGGCUUUAAACCCCUUUUAAACAUUGUGCGUUUAUGUUACAAUUUCUGGGGGUUGUACCAAUGGAUUUACCUACAAAUAGUCAGUAUGCUAAAGCUGGAGCUUUUUGUAAAAUAAUUGUGGCUUUAGAUGGGCCAGAUCUUUCAUGACAAAAAUGUUUGUUGAGUCAGAAUGGUUUGAGUUGUAAACUAUUGAAAGUCAUUAAAUGUUGGGAGUCUUACGAACAUGUAAAAACAUUUCUUUGAUGCUUCCAAGCCACGUGUAGAUAGAAUGUAAGGAUAUUUUACAUGGGUGAAAAAUUAUUACCAUACUUGUUUUUGUCAGGUUGUUUCUUUAUUUUGUAUGUGUAACAUUUGCCCUGAAAUAAAAUAAUAAGACAAAAUGGUGGCGUAUUAACACGCAGCCCAAUUUUAUUUUCACAAAUUGCAAUUUUAUCCCAAUCAGAUCAGCAUAGAAUAAAUUUUGAUGUUCAAACAACUGAUGUGAUUGGUUUCAAGACACUUUGUAAAUGCACUGGUUAAAUGCUGUACAAGUGCAGAUCAAGCAGAUAAACUAAAAUUGUUAUUGUGUAUCUUGAAAUGGUA